GGUGAGAUGGACCAACCGCCAGGAUGCUUCGCCGGCAUGUUCAACCUGUGGCGAUGGCUGAAGGCCUCACUCACGGUGAGUCAGGCGAAAAAAGAAAGCACCACAUGCAAUCAUGAUGGCGCUGGCAUAUCUAAGACGACACACGCUGCGAACGGUGACCAAUACUAUCGCUGCAGAACGACACAAUCGUGCAGACACACAGCUGUCUGAGUGUGUGUGAUGGUAUUGCAGGUGUCAGCACUGCAACGCCCGUCAACCAGCAGCAGCAGCAUGAUAGCGCCGUCAGUGCCUCUGACGUACCUGAGGAGGCAGUGCCGACCGUCGCCGAGUACGUCAGGAGCUACUCACAGCUGGAGGCUCUCAUCGACGCCCAUCCCACCCAAUUCACAACCGCCGUCCUCCUGCCCAUUCUCAAGCAACUGCUUUCUGCCGUGGUGGAAGGCAUCUUUGGUGCAUCUGUGGAGGCGACCGUCCCUCAGCUGGCCCUGGACCGAGCCAUCAUGGUAGCCAUCACACGAUGGCUGUUCAUGCUGGAGCGUGGGGGCGAUUGGGGGAGGUGGCGGCCCCAUUUGGAGCUGCUCUAUCACCUACGCGGGAAGAGCCCAUUGGUGCUGGGCGAUGAGCAUUUCAGCGCGUUCGGCAGCCGGGCGGCCUUCAUCGGCGAGCGCGAGGCGGUCUGCCAAUGGAGGGUUCUUAGCCGAGAGGUCAAUGUCCGUCGUGGAAGCCAACAGAUGCGUCUGAUGGAUGGCUGCCGCCUCCCCUUCCUUCUCGACGCACCCAGCCCCCUCUUCCCUCGCGACACAUUCGACGCCGCCGACCCGCCCACACAGCUGGACGGCUGGACGUACCCCAGUUACGCUUCUUUGGUGGCGUUCAGCCUCUUUAGUUGGCUUCGUGACGGCAGCUACAUCACUUUCUCCAGAGACUGUUCGUCUUACUGUCGUGCUUCUGCCGCAUCUCUUCGUGUGCGUGAGCUGCUGGCGGCCCCUCAAAGCGAUGCGGCACAGUGGGGUUCGGGGGCGGCCGUCUUCGACAGAAAGUGGCAGGUGUGGGCGAGGCCAUGGCAUGAGCGGCUGGUGGUGCUGGGGAGUGAGGUGAUGGGCCAGGGGAACAUGGCAGCGAUUCGGGUGGAGGAUUGGGGAGACCUUCGUUCUGUCAGAGUGUUUACGACAGAGUCUGCCCCCGACGACCGCACGCGCACUACCGUGAUGAGAGUACUAGGGCGGCAGUUGGGGGGCAAGGCGUGGCGGAUGGAGGACGAGUGUGGAUGCCUUGCAAUGUAGGCAAGGCAGAUGGCCAUUGGCCAACCAGAUAGGCCAAGAGUGUGAUGCUCGUGACUGGCGUGAGUCACGUUUGUCUACUCAUUUCCGGGAGUGAUGUUUUUACGUGCCUUCUUUUAUCAAGAAUGAGGGCUGGUUGUGUGUGGCGUGGCCAUCGCAUAGAGACAGAAGUAGGAUGGGAAAGUAAGACUGCUCGUAUCUGCUCGUCC